AUGAGAUUUGCUAAGGCCAGCAGAUUCAUAGCCAAAUUAGCUCGCCCCAGUGCUGUGAACGAGCAUUCGCUUGCUACCUCGGAUAUUAAGAAUGUUCAAUCACUUCUCCCAAAGCAUGCCCAAGGUGCUCAUUCUAAUGGCUCCAAGUUUUUCAGCACGCUUGCACUUUUAGGUGCCGGAACUUCUGGGCUUUUGAGUUGUGCUACCUUUGCUUAUGCUGAUGAGGCAGAGCACGGCCUUGAUAGUCCUAGCUAUCCGUGGCCUCACAAAGGCAUUCUCAGUUCAUAUGACCAUGCUUCUAUUCGGCGGGGUCACCAGGUUUAUCAGCAAGUUUGUGCAUCGUGCCACUCUAUGUCACUUAUUUCUUACCGUGACCUUGUGGGAGUGGCUUACACUGAAGAAGAAACUAAAGCAAUGGCAGCCGAGAUUGAAGUUGUUGACGGUCCGAAUGAUGAGGGUGAGAUGUUUACUCGGCCUGGAAAGCUGAGUGAUCGUUUUCCUCAGCCUUAUGCUAAUGAGCAAGCUGCGAGAUUCGCAAAUGGUGGAGCUUAUCCCCCUGAUUUAAGUCUCAUCACCAAGGCUCGCCAUAAUGGUCAGAACUACGUGUUUGCUCUUUUAACCGGCUACCGUGAUCCUCCUGCUGGUGUACAGAUUCGAGAAGGGCUGCACUAUAACCCAUACUUUCCUGGUGGAGCUAUUGCCAUGCCUAAAAUGCUUAAUGAUGGUGCUGUCGAGUACGAAGACGGGACACCUGCAACUGAAGCACAGAUGGGAAAGGAUGUUGUGUCCUUUUUGUCAUGGGCUGCUGAACCAGAAAUGGAGGAACGAAAGCUGAUGGGUUUCAAGUGGAUAUUUGUACUGUCGCUUGCAUUGCUCCAAGCUGGAUAUUAUCGGCGUUUGAGAUGGUCGGUGCUCAAGUCCAGGAAGUUGGUCCUUGAUGUUGUCAACUGA